ACUAUCGAUAGUAUACCAGGUCUAAGCCGCAUAUCUGCUUUAUUGUUUACUUCGUUGUAUUUAUGUUUUUGUGAAUUUCGAUCGCCCUAAACUUUUCACUAACAGCGUUUUAAUGCAAAUUUGAAUCGUUGAAAUAAUCUAACAAGGGAAAGCACAAUUAUAUUAAUGGCAGCAAAAUCGCAGAAAAUAGGACGAAAGUUCGAGCGGACGACAAAAGGACAAAUUAAAUUCUAUAUUGAAUUCUGUAAGAAGCACCCUGAAAUUUCACAAAAGCGCUGGUAUGGAAAGAUUGCUCCUCUCCAUGUACAAGAGUUAUGGUCUCAGUUAGCAGAAAAACUUAACUCAAUGAAAGGUCCCACUAGGACUUUAAAAAAAUGGAAAGAAGCAUUUACAAUUUGGAAAAGUAUGGUACGUUACCGAGCACGUAAAAACGCAGCUCAAACCGGUUCAAGGUAUCGUCGUGAAGACCUAUUGAAGUUAACGCAAUGUAAAAAAACUGAAAACCACGAAGUUCCUACAAAAAAACUACGCCAGCCUGAGUUGAAGCCUUCAAAUGCGCCACACCCAACUGCAAUUAGUAAAGCUCAAAGUGAUGUUGAAUUUCCCUUCGAUUCAAUUUUCCUACCUAGCGAUGAAGAACGCAGAGAAAGGGAGGAAAUACUCUCCGUAAACCAUCAAAAUGUUAUUACGAAAUUGGAUCAAACGUUGACUGAAAUGAAUCGGGUUUUGGAAAAAAUCAAUGGCAAAUUAUGA